AUGAUUAUGCAAAGUGGGUAUGAAUAUUUUAAUUUUGUCAAAAUUAAAGGGGUUGAAAGAGGAAACUGGACAUCAAUAAAUGAGUUCAUCCUAACGGGAUUCAACAGCCAGAAAUGGCUUCAGAUUGUCCUCUUUGAAGUCUUUUUGUUAUUCUAUCUUCUCAACAUCUUUGGAAAUCUCAUUAUUAUGACCAUGGUGAUCAGUGAUCAUGCACUUAAUAGUCCAAUGUACUUUUUACUGGCCAAUCUCUCUUUUUUGGAUAUUGUUUAUUCUUCAGUCACACUACCAAAGACACUAGUUGGAUUCCUAAAGGAAAAUCGAAUUACUGUAAAUGGCUGUAUUUUGCAAAUGCAUUUCUUUCAUUUUUUGGGCUGUACAGAAGGUGUUCUUCUUGCUGUCAUGGGAUAUGAUCGAUAUGCAGCCAUAUGCCAGCCAUUGCGCUAUAACUUGAUUAUGAAUAAGUCUAUCUGCAUACAGUUGGUUUCAACUUCAUGGGUAACGGGUUUAAUUUACGCAAUGAGCCAUACAGUUAUGACUGCACAGCUGACUUUUUGUAAAUUUAACAAGAUCAGACACUUCUUUUGUGAUGUUAAGCCAAUUAUAAAAUUGUCAUGUUCUAAUACCUACCUAAAUGAACUUAUGUUGAUCAUUAUUGGUGGCUUUUUCAGUACAGGCACACUUAUUCUUACAGUGAUAUCUUACUGUUUUAUCAGCACUCACCUUCUGAAGAUAAACUCAAAAGGAAGGCAAAAAGCUAUUUCAACAUGCUCCUCACACCUUAGUAUUGUAAUCAUGUUCUAUGGGACUGCUGUAUGCACGUAUCUGGGGCCUGCAUCUGUAGAUUCAAUAGAAAAAGACAGAGUGGCUGCCAUAUUGUUCACAGUUAUUACACCAGCUUUGAAUCCUAUCAUUUAUACACUAAGAAAUAAGGAAGUGAGGCAGUCAUUUAAAAAACUCUUUAAAUACACACUUUAUGGGAGAAUGAGAUUACUUUAA